AUGGAGGAGCUAGAUGAUAGUUUUGUACCAGACUUCACACACUUGGCAACUUUGGGAGAAGUGUCUGACAGAAACAGCCAGAUUAGGCAUGUAGGUGAAUUUGUGUAUAUUUCUAUUGGCAAGAAGCUCAACGCAUGGAAUGUGAGAUUUUCUGAGCUAGAAAGAAGUGUACCCACUCUCAACAAGAAAAUAACUUGCUUUGACUUUUUUGAUGAUCUGCUGGUAAUAGGUUACGAAAACGGAGCUGUCCAAAUACAUUCCGAUGAAAUAAUAUCAUUCCGGCCUCACUCCAGAAGAGUUACAAAAGUUACAAAGAUCGGCGAUUAUAUUUUGUCUUCAUCUGCAGAUGGAAGUAUUGUUUUAUACGACAUAAUUGGUGGUGAAAUUAGAGUAUCUUAUGAGGGAAAUGAUAUGUGUGUGGAAAAGUUCUUCUCCAACUCCAAAGUAGUUAUUGGUGUUUGUGCGGAUAACGCGCUAAGAGUUUGGGAUUUUGAGGACAAGCAUAUAAAAAGCGUACACAUGUUUGAAAAAGCCAUAAAAGACACUUUUGUUGUGGAAGAAGAAGCAAUAAUAUUCUUUAAGGAUGGUGAAUGCAUUUUUUAUAGUUUAGAAGAUAAAACAACGCGCCCCUUCAAUAAGUUUAAGAAGUUAAGAAAUAUAAAGGUGAAGGAAAACAGGGUGUUUCUCCAAAGCAAAAAUAAGCUGCACAUUUAUGAUAUGAGCAAGAAAGAUAAAAUAGCCAUGAAGCACCAGGAGACAAUAAAGGUCAGCGAUAGAUAUGCAGACUUCGAUACAACAUCAAAUGGCAGGUUGGUAUUUGCUACUAUCGAUAACUGCUGGGAGUAUAUUGAGGAUGGAAAGGUGUAUUCAUUCGGAUUCCAUAAGAACGAAAUUCUAUGUCUUGAAGUCCAUGAAGAAAAGAUAAUCACACUCUCAAAAGAAUGCAUAAUUUUUUGGAUGUUAGACGAGCAAGCAAUAAAAAGGAUCGGCAAUAUACAGAUAAAGAACGGAAAAUGCAUAUGUGUGUGGAACAAUUGCAUCGUAGUUGGAGGAAACGAAGGGUUUUCUUGCUACUCAAUCUCAAACUAUGACUUGGUUAGAGAGGAAAACAUAGGGCCUGUUUCGUCAGUUUUCUCUAACACAACGGAGCUGAUCAUAGGGAAGGAUAAUGAUAUUUUGUUCUACGAUAGCUCAUUCACAGUUCUUAGGACAUUAGAAGUAGAAAGUCCCAUAUCAUCUAUAGAAGUGUCGAAAGAUGGCUCCUUGUUAUGUGUGGGCCUCCUAAAUAAUAAGGUACAUAUAUAUAAUAUGAAUGGACUAGAUCUAAAAGUCACGCUGUACGGCCAUGCUUUGCCAGUCAGGUCAAUGAAGUUGUCACCAGAUAAUUCAGAAAUUCUCACUUGUGGUGCAGACAAAACAGUCAAAAUGUGGGGAACACAGUUUGGAGAAUGCAGGAAAAGCUUUAUAGGUGAUUCAAGAAGUGUAGAGUACUUGAGCAAAGACUUAUUCAUGUUUUCCUCUGGUGGAAUUCAAUACUUUAAAAGAUAUGAAAAGCUUAAGGAAUUCAAGUACCAUGAAUCUAGUCUGGUAAAGAUAAAAAAAGAUUUAAUGAUUUCCUGUGGAAAAUUUAACAUAGAUCUUUAUAGCAUGAACAAGUAUGAAUUCCAAAAGGAAGAUCAAGAAGAGAGCGAUGAUGAAGAAGUUAUGAAGGUAGCUAAGAUAAUGAACUGUAAGGUAUACGAUAGAUUCCUAACAGAUCUUGAGGAACUGUCUAAAGACUUUUCUAAUGAUAACAUUAAGACAUUUUUCAAUACCUUGAUGGAUAUAGACUUUUGUGAACUUGACAGAUUCUUUUGUUUAAUGAGUUCAUCAGAUGUCAUCCUCACUAUAAAUGCACUUCAUGAGUGUGCACAUUGGAAUUCUGUAUUAGCAGCAAGGGUAUUCAUCUCUUUACUCAGACUUCACAAAGAUAUAUGCAUUUCCCAUCCGAAUUUCAAGACUUUUCUUUGCUCCAUUACAAAUAGGAUAGAAGACAUCAGGUGCCAGGCUAGCAGGAAUGAGGCAAUCCUUCUUGUAAGAAAGGCAAUCACCAGCCAAAAAUCUCUUGACUUUGAAUAA